AUGGCGGAUCUCGGCCUUCCUUUCCACUCCAUCUCCGGGCUUCCCAACUUCCGGGAUCUGGCAGGUCGCCCGCUUCCUAUUCAGUCACACCCCGGACACACGAUCAAGUCCGGUCUUAUCUUCCGUUCAGCAGAGCCGUCUCGUCUUACUGAAGAUGGGGUCGCAGCGCUGCAGGAUCUGAACAUCUCGCACGUCUACGAUCUACGUUCCCGUACUGAGAUUGAGCGCUACGCCACGGGAACUCGGGAGUGGUCCGGCGCCGAGCGUGUUUUUGUUCCAGUCUUCCUGGAUGAAGACUACGGCCCCGAGGCUAUUGCUGUACGGUUCAAAAACUAUACGGCUGAGGGUACCGAAGGCUUCGUGGAGGCUUAUCGAGGAAUCUGGGAAGCGGGAACGAAACCUAUUAGCACUAUCAUUUCACACCUAGCCAAGCCGGACCCCUCACCUUUGCUCAUCCACUGCACGGCAGGCAAAGACAGGACUGGAGUCAUCUGUGCUUUUAUUCUCUCAAUCUGUGGUGUAGAUGACCAGACGAUCGCCCGCGAGUACGCCCUCACAGAGGUGGGACUUGGUGAUUUUGGAGACGAGCUUCUCAAAGCAGUGACGAAGAUACCCGAACUUCAAGAGAACCCCGAAGGUGCCAAACGAAUGCUUGGAGCCAAGCCUGAAAACAUGCUGGCAGCCCUGAAAGCACUACGAGGACAGCAUGGCUCCGUUGAGCAAUAUCUUGUUAAGUACUGCGGAUUGUCAGAAGACGAUCUCGAGCAGGUUCGGAAGAACUUGAUCGUACCCAAGCAAUAG